UUUUCAAUUUGAAGGUGCGACCGGUAUCAGUUAUAUGUUCAGCUGUUGGCCUUCGGGCCUCUUCCUUCCUCGGAACAAUGGUACUUCGUCCGCGAGUACGCUAUAAAAGGAAACUCGCAGCGCGUAUGAUGACAGCGACGUGCUCCGACGCUUCCCCCCUCCCCCUUCACCCCUUCUUUCAUAAUUUCCCGUUCUCUCCACUAAUAGACGUUGCUGGACAUCGUCGUUAAGCGUUCAAUAAUUUUCUUUCUUUACACGUGUUGUUUUAUCAUGACGCUCUGGAACUGCAUGUCCUGCGCAAAGGCUUUUUCUCGGAAGGGUGACUUGACUCGUCAUCAGCUUCUACAUACGGGAAUCAAGCCUCAUAUCUGCCCGACUUGCGGCAAGGGUUUCGCACAGUUCUCCGGUCUCAAGACGCACCUGAAUAUUCAUACGAAGGCAAAACCGUAUGUGUGCGGGAUUGGGACCUGCAGGAAGGCAUUUGGCGACCCGUCGUCGUGUUCCCGCCAUCGGAAAGAGACGCACAGGGCUGAGGGAGCCUACAAAUGCCCCCUUGUUGAUUGUGGAACGAGAAUCAAGCGCCGUUCCGCAUUCGCAACCCAUCUACGCAAGCACGGCGUAGACCCGUGUAAAGUGGAUUUGAGCGCUAUUGCCUCGGGAGCGGUUACACAGCUGGACACCAUGCACCUCCACUCCCUAGCCCCUCACACUGCGAGUCAAUCGGAAAGUCAAUCAUCCGUAUCCAUCGUUAGCCCCGAUAACCAGUUUUCCGGAUAUUCUCCACUGCAGAGGUCUCCUGAGGUUUUAUUGAGUAGCCAGGGCAACGAUCUGUAUUCAAGUUACUCUUCCCCAGGCUACAGCGUACCACCGUUGAUGCGAUACCCGCCGUUGAACCAACAUGCUUCCCUGGUCGGUGUGCAGCCCAACGAUGACCUCCUAGGAGAUAUUUCUCGGAAACAUGGAUACUCAGAUAAUUUCUGGUCGGUUGAUUACUCGCUUUUCUCGUUUCCCUUAGACAUUCCAUCUCUCGAAACACUUUCAGACCAGGAUAGCACAUUCUCGCGGUCCCAAACGUCCUCUCCGCUAUCGAGUUGCUCAUCGUUGGACUUGUUGGAUUUCUCUGGCUUCCCGUCAAGUCACCCAGCAGGUGGCUUGCUCUCAUUCGGCACGCGUUGAUCUGGGGAUACUCCUUUACAUUUUGCCCCCAGCGUCACAACUAAUGACGACUUUGACACUUUCUUUUUAUGUCUGUAGUUAAUACUUUGAUCUUUUACG